AUGGCAUCCCUGCCGCCGCUGCUCUGCCUCUGUGUCGCCGCCGCGCACCUGGCGGGGGCCCGAGGCGCUACCCUCAUCGAGGAGCCCACAGAGACCACGUGGGGCCUUGAAGGCCCAGCGCCUCACCCCGGCCAGCCCUCAGCAGCCCUGGAGGACUGGGAAGAGGCCAGCGAGUGGACGUCCUGGUUCAACGUGGAUCACCCGGGCGGCGAGGGCGACUUCGAGAGCCUGGCCGCCAUCCGCUUCUACUACGGGCCGGCGCGCGUGUGCCCGCGGCCGCUGGCGCUGGAGGCGCGCACCACGGACUGGGCGCUGCCGGCCGCGGUGGGCGAGCGCGUGCACCUGAACCCCGCGCGCGGCUUCUGGUGCCUCAACCGCGAGCAGCCGCGCGGCCGCCGCUGCUCCAACUACCACGUGCGCUUCCGCUGCCCGCUGGAGGCCGCGUGGGGAGCGUGGGGCCCGUGGGGUCCCUGUUCGGGGAGCUGCGGGCCAGGUCGUCGUCUGCGCCGCCGCCGCUGCCCAAGCCCCACAGGGGAUGCGUGUCCCGGGCGCCCCCUGGAGGCGCAGAAGUGCGUGCGGCCUCGCUGUCCAGGGUGCAGCCCCAAAACGUGUGGAUGCCCCAAUCACAUCCUGCUGGGCUCAGUGGUCACUCCAUCCGGCCGGCCGCUACCAGGGGCCAAGGUCUCCCUGAGAGACUGGCCUGGCACUGUGGCCACCAGCGAUGCACACGGAACCUUCCGGAUGCCUGGAGUCUGUGCCAGCAGCCAAACCAACGUCAGUGCCCAGAUGGAUGGCUUCUCUGCUGGUACGGCCCAGGCCCAGGCCAACAGCUCCCUGUCUGCUGUGGUCACUAUUGUUCUUGAGAAGUUAGAGAAGCCCCACCUGGUGAAGCAUCCCGAGUCCCGAGUGCGAGAGGCAGGCCAGAAUGUGACCUUCUGCUGCAAAGCCUCAGGCACCAAGAAAUACUCCUGGUUUCACAACGGGACCCUGCUGGACAGGCGAGAGCUCAGGUACGGGGCCCACCUGGAGCUGCGGGGGCUGCGUCCGGACCAGGCGGGCGCCUACCACUGCAAGGCGUGGAAUGAGGCGGGCUCGGUGCUCUCCGGAACCGCCGAGCUCAUCGUGCUUGCUCCGGGACAGCCGGCCUGCGACCCCCAGCCUCGGGAGCACCUGAUCAAACUGCCCGACGACUGCGGUCAGCCGGGCCGCGGCCCCGCCUACCUGGACGUGGGCCUCUGCCCGGACACCCUCUGCCCAGGCCCCGCGGGCUCCGGCCCCAGGUGCGGGGACGCGGCCUCCCGCUGCUGCUCCGUGCGCCGCCUGGAGAGCAGGGAGAUCCAGUGCUCCGGCUACGUCCUCCCCGUCAAGGUGGUGGCCGAGUGCGGCUGCCAGAAGUGCCUGCCCCCCCGUGGGCUGGUCCGCGGCCGGGUGGUGGCCGCCGACACGGGGGAGCCCCUGCGGUUUGCCCGGAUCCUGCUGGGCCCAGAGCCCAUCGGCUUCACCUCUUACCAGGGCGACUUCACCAUCGAGGUGCCCCGCGCCACCCAGCGCCUGGUGGUGACGUUCGUGGAGCCCAGCGGCGACUUCAUGGACACCGUCAGGGUCCUGCCCUUUGACCCUCGGGGCGCCGGUGUGUACCACGAGGUCAAGGCCAUGCGGAAGAAAGCCCCCGUCCUCUUAGAUGCCAGCCAGAGCAACACGCUCCCGCUGGGGGAGCUGCAGGACGAGCCUCCCCUGGGCGAGCUGGUCCUCCCAGCGGGGGCCUUCCGCAGGGCCGAUGGAGAGCCCUAUUGGGGGGCCGUGGAGGCCCGGGUGACCUUCGUGGAUCCCCGAGACCUGGCCUCGGCGGCCGCCGCCCCAAGCGACCUGCGCUUCGCGGACAGCGACGGGGAGCUGGCGCCGCUGCGCACCUACGGCAUGUUCGCCGUGGACCUGCGGGCCGCGGGCGCCGCCGAGCAGCUGCAGGCCGGGCCGCUGGCCGUGCGCGUGGCCGCCGGCCAGAUCCGCAUGGCGGGCCACGCCGAGGCCCUCAAGCUCUGGUCCCUGAACCCGGACACGGGCCUGUGGGAGGAGGAGGGCGGCUUCCAGCGCGAGGCGCCGGCGGGGCCCCGGGUGCGCCGGGAGGAGCGCGCCUUCCUCGUGGGCAACGUGGAGGUCCGCGAGCGGCGCCUGUUCAACCUGGACGUGCCCGAGCGCCGCCGCUGCUUCGUGAAGGUGCGCGCCUACGCCAGCGACAAGUUCGCGGCCGGCGAGCAGGUGGAGGGCGUGGUGGUCUCGCUGGUCAACCUGGAGCCGGCGCCGGGCUUCUCCGCCAACCCGCGCGCCUGGGGCCGCUUCGACAGCGCGGUCACCGGCCCCAACGGCGCCUGCCUGCCCGCCUUCUGCGACGCCGACCGGCCCGACGCCUACACCGCGCUGCUGACCGCCACGCUGGGCGGCGAGGAGCUGGAGCCGCCGCCGUCCCGGCCGCGCCCCCUGCCGGCCGCCGUGGGCGUGGCGCAGCCCUACCUGGACCGGCUGGGCUACCGCCGCACCGACCACGACGACCCCGCCCUGAAGCGCAACGGCUUCCGCAUCAACCUCGCCAAGCCCCGGCCGGGCCACCCCGCCGAGGCCAAAGGCCCCGUGUACCCGUGGCGCAGCCUGCGCGAGUGCCAGGAGGCCCCGGUGACCGCCAGCCACUUCCGCUUCGCCCGCAUGGAGGCCGAUAAGUACGAGUACAACGUGGUCCCGUUCCGGGAGGGCGCGCCGGCCUCCUGGACCGGGGACCUCCUGGCCUGGUGGCCCAACCCGCAGGCGUUCCGGGCCUGCUUCCUCAAGGUGAAGGUGCAGGGCCCGCAGGAGUACAUGAUCCGCUCCCACAACGUGGGGGGCAGCCACCCGCGCACCCAGGGCCAGCUCUACGGGCUGCGGGACGCCCGCAGCGUCAGGGACCCCCAGCGCCCCGGCACGUCCGCCGCCUGCGUGGAGUUCAAGUGCAGCGGGAUGCUAUUCGACCAGCGGCAGGUGGACCGGACGCUGGUGACCGUGACACCCCAGGGCAGCUGUCGCCGCGUGGCCGUCAACGGGCUCCUGCAGGACUACUUGGCCCGGCACCCGCCUCCCGCCCCCGCCGACGACCCGGCCGCCUUCGCCAUGCUGGCCCCGCUGGACCCCCUGGGUCACAACUACGGCGUCUACACGGUCACUGACCAGAGCCCCAGGCUGGCCAAGGAGAUCGCCAUUGGCCGCUGCUUCGACGGCUCCUCCGACGGCUUCUCCAGGGAGAUGAAGGCUGACGCGGGCACAGCGGUCACAUUCCAGUGCCGGGAGCCGGCGGCUGGCCGGCCCAGCCUCUUCCAGAGGCUGCUGGAGUCCCCAGCAACAGCGCUCGGUGACAUCCGCCGGGAGAUGAGCGAGGUGGCCCGGGCCCAGGCCUGA